AGGCACGAGUGAUACAGCUUAGAGCACUUCUAUACGCCGUACAACAACUGCUAGUUCACUGGCUAGUAGGUUUGAAGCUGGAGACGUGCAUCCCCUAACCUUGCGCUUACACUCCAUUUACGUGCCUGGCAUUAUGUGGCUUAGCAGCUCACUGCUGUGCCAAGGCAGAACCGUACUCGUUUAGGAUUUCAGGCCCUGAGAGAGAUGGGGUCAGGGUCGAGCAAGAACAGAGCAAAGCGCGAGAAAAAGGCGCCUAUCGCGGCGCCGGCAGUGGUAUCCCCAUCCGCCGGUACAAAGCAAGUUGGCUCUCUUCCCCCAGCCGUAUCCACCCCAAAAGCUGCAUCUCCCGCACCUCCUGCAUCUACUUCCAAUGACUCGCUCACGGUAUCCGAGCCAGAGUACAAAGGGGCUGACCUGCCCAUCAAUGAGGAUGAGCGCUUGGGCUUUUUAUGCAAGCUUGGCGUGCUUGACACGGCGCCGGAGAAGCGCUUUGAUGACAUCACGCGGCUCUGCUGCCUCGUAUUCAAGACCCCCAUCGCGCUGGUUUCCCUAGUGGACAAGGACCGGCAGUGGUUCAAAUCGGUGCAGGGGCUCACGGUCAACCAGACGGACCGCAAGUCCUCCUUCUGCGCAUGGACCCUCUUGCCCGAGUUCCCCGAGGUGCUGGUGGUGGAAAACGCGCUGGAGGACAUUCGCUUCCGCAGCAAUCCCCUCGUGCUGGGCCCCCCCCACAUCCGCUUCUACGCCGGCUGCCCGCUGGUGGCGGCCAACGGCCUGCGGCUGGGCUCGCUGUGCAUCAUCGACUCGCGGCCGCGGCCCGGGUUCGACGCGGAGAGCUGCAACAUGUUGGCCAACAUGGCGGAGAUGGUGGUGCGGGAGGUGGAGAAGGACGUGGCGCUGGAGGCGCAUAGGCGGCAGAGCGAGCGACUGACGCGGGAGAAUGUGCAGCUGAUCCGGGCACUGGACUGCUUCAGCGAGGGCAUCAUGUUGCUCAACAUGUCACUGCCCAGCUGGCCCAUCCUGUUCGCGAACGAGGCGUGGGAGCGGGCCACGGGGCUGAACAAGGAGCGGCUGGCGGGGGGGGCCUUCUGGGGGGCGUUCACGACCCCGGACGACGCCCCCGACUCCAGCCGCCUCAAGCUCGCCUCCGUCAUCGAGGGCCAGCAGAGCUUCAACCUGGCAGUCUGCUACCCCCCCACCUCCACCUCCGCCUCCUUCAGCACCUCCUCCGCCUCCUCCACCCCGGCGGCAUCGGGAUCCGGCGUGGGGGCAGCAGGCGGCAGUGGUCGGCGGCACAUCACAUUGCAGUUCCGGUGCGCGCACAACUCAACUGUGGACGCGUACAUGCCGCUGGUGGGCAUCCCUUCCAUCCUGUCCCCCAGCCCCGAGGCGGGCGGCCCGCUCUACUACUUUGUCACCCUCUCCGCGGCGCCGCGGGCGUCACAGGACAUUGGGCCAGGGUCCAAGCGCGCCUCCCCUUUCUCCAUUGUCAACACCAAGAUCGACCCCUUUGAGGAUGUGAAGCUGGGGCCGCUGCUGGGAAAGGGGGCGUAUGGCAGGGUGUAUCGAGGCGUAUGGAACGGAGCUCAGGUGGCAGUCAAGGUGUUGGAAACCGUGCAACCCGACAGCGACGAGGGGGGAGCAAGCGGGUUGGGUUUCAGCACGAAUUGUACGACAAGCUCUGGCGGGUGUACGGCAUUCAGCGGCGGCGGAGGAACGCAGCAGGGGCACCAGCAGCUUCAAGGGGGCGAGGUGCUCGAAGCGGUGUUGGGUUCGCAGAUUAGUCAUCCCAACAUUGUGCAGACGUACAAGCACUGCACGCGACCCAUGGGUCAGGCGACGGAUGCGGAUAACGAGGGGCGCACGUUGUUGGAGACCUGGAUGGUGCUGGAGUUCUGUAACAAGGGCGGCCUGUCCGACGCCAUCGAGCGCGGCUGGUUCCGCAAGCGUCACUCGCUGUUCGAGGUGGACUUCCGCGCGCUGGUGGCCACUGCGCGGGAGGUGGCGGCGGCCAUGACCUACCUGCACGACAAGAACAUACUGCAUGGGGACCUCACAGGUAACAAUGUGUUGCUGACCGCCAGUGACCGGGACGAGCGGCACUUUGUGGCCAAGGUGGCGGACUUUGGGCUGAGUCGGGUGCUGGCGGGGGAGGCGGUUACGACACGCUCGUACGGCACCAUCACACACAUGUGCCCGGAGCUCCUCAUAGACGGGCUGCUCUCCAAGGCGGCUGACGUGUACAGCUUCGGUGUUGUGGUGUGGGAGAUGUUCAGCGGCCAGCGCCCCUUCAGCGGCCUCACGCACGGCCAGAUCCUGCACGCCAUCACCACCGGCAAGCAGCUGCCCAUUGGGUCCUCGUGCCCGCAGCUUCUGCGCUCUUUCCUGCUCCGCUGCCUGGCGCCCAACCCCGCGGACCGCCCCUCCUUCCCGCACAUCCUGCAGUUGCUGGAGGAGUUAGAGCAGGAGCUGUGCUGAGGGGAGCAGGAGCUGGG